AUGAAAUCUUACGUUAUAACAGUCGCAGAGAGCGUUCUGUACGUUUCAACUUCGACCUCAAAACCAAAUAGCAGACUCUCGGUAAGCGGCUCGCCCUUUACCGAGCCAGAUACCGAGAAUCGAAGCGGGGUCCGUGUCGGGCGAACGGCCACCGACAACCGAGACACGGCGGCGGACAAUUCGCUACAGCGCGGCGUG